AUGGUUCAUCUCUCCGCUAGCUCUCUGCUUUUGGCGGCUGGUAUUCUACCAACUCUCGCAUAUGGAGCUGGCUUGAACACUGCUGCUGUUGCCCUUGGCAAGCUCUACUUCGGUUCUGCCACUGACAAUGGCGAAUUGUCGGACUCUGCCUACGUCACGCAGCUCAGCAAUACCCAGGACUUUGGCCAAAUCACACCCGGAAACUCGCAAAAGUGGGAUGCAACUGAGCCAUCGCAGAAUGUCUUCACCUACACCAACGGAGACACCAUUGCUAAGCUGGCCAAGACCAACGGUCAGAAGCUGCGAUGCCACAAUCUUGUCUGGCAUAACCAGCUCCCCAACUGGGUUACCAGCGGUUCUUGGACGAAUGCCACGUUGAUUGCGGCUCUGAAGAACCAUAUCACCAACGUCGUUACCCACUACAAGGGACAGUGCUACGCAUGGGACGUUGUGAACGAAGCUCUCAACGAGGACGGAACCUACCGCACCAGUCUGUGGUACAACACCAUUGGCGAAGCCUACCUUCCCAUCGCAUUUGCCGCCGCUGCCGCCGCAGACCCCUCUGUUAAGCUCUACUACAACGACUACAACAUCGAAUACUCCGGCGCCAAGGCCACCGGUGCUCUCCGCAUCGUCAAGCUAGUCCAAUCCUACGGCGUGAAGAUCGACGGAGUCGGUCUCCAGGCUCACUUCAUCGUCGGCAGCACCCCCAGCCGCAGCAACCAGGCCAGCACCAUGGCCGCAUACACAGCUCUGGGCGUGGAAGUUGCCAUCACUGAGCUCGAUAUCCGCAUGACCCUCCCUUCGACUGCUGCCCUCCUCGCCCAGCAGUCGACUGACUACGCCAGCUCCGUCGGUGCUUGUGUUGAUACCAAGGGCUGUGUGGGUGUUACUAUCUGGGAUUGGACUGAUAAGUACUCCUGGGUUCCCGGCACUUUCUCGGGUCAAGGCGCUGCCUGCCCCUGGGACUCGAACUUUGUGAAGAAGCCUGCGUACACUGGUAUCCUCUCUGCUCUGGGUGGCUCGGCCACUUCUACCGCUACGACCACUCUUGUUACGAGCGUUAGCAGUACUUCCACGACUACUUCUACUGCUACCACCAGCACUAGCACGUCCACAGGCGUUGCUCAGCACUGGGGCCAGUGUGGUGGUUCGGGCUGGACUGGUCCUACUACUUGUGCGAGCCCGUAUACUUGCACCUACUCCAAUGCCUGGUACUCCCAGUGUCUGUAA